AUGGAGAUAGCGGAAAGCGGCAAUGUCAUGCAUCAUUUUAAUGAAGUCCUCAACAUCAGAGCGAAGCUCAGCAGCAUCAGCGCCAAGAUGGAGGACGAGGACCAGCGCAAACUGCAACUGCGCGACGCUGUCAACGUUUUGACGAACGAUCACAUCAAGCGUCAAGGUGCCAAGUCUGCGGCGGUGAAGACUGAAGAAGUGACCAAGGCCUUCAGUACCGAGCGCGAGGUUCGUCGAUGCUCGUUCUGCGUAAAUUGGGGAGAAGUGGAACGUUGCUGGACCAAGAGAAGGAAUAAAAUCGGGGAGCUCGACGCGGUAGCAAUGCUCCUGGACGCGGAUCGAAUCAAGUCCAGUGGCAAGGAUACAACAGCAACUGCGACUACGAUCGAGUAG